AUGGCCGUGCACACAGUGUUCAUCAUCCAAGCAGCUCUGCUUCUCAUCUUCUCCACCAAAACCCAUUCCCAGAAUGCCCCCAUCCUCAUCAACUGCCCCACCACCGCCAACUACACAAAACCAAGCCCCUUCGCCACCAACCUCGCCCUCCUCCUCACCAACCUCACUGCCACCGCCGCCAAUUCCCCCACCCUCUUCUCCACCUCCUUCAUCGGUUCCACGUAUGGUCUAGCCCAGUGCCGUCCAGACGCCUCCUCCUCAGACUGCACCACCUGUCUCAACCCGCUCCGCUUCCUCCUUCUCCUCCUACUGCCCCUCCGGCCUCUCCGCCGCCAUCCGCUUCGACCUCUGCCUUCUCCGCUACUCCCACCACCCCUUCUUCUCUCAUCCGGCCAACGAUGA